AUGAAUUUAGCCGACUUCAGCUCCAUUUUUUGUCUAGUAACAUACUUGAAACUGUGUGAAACAUAUCAAGGAAUUAUACCAAUAGUCGUUCUUCAGGUAUCAUUUUAUUUCAUCAGUCCAGUAAGGUACAGACCAGUCGUUCUUCAGGUAUCAUUUUAUUUCAUCAGUCCAGUGAGGUACAGACCGGUAGUUCUUCCGGUAUCAUUUUAUUUCAUCAGUCCAGUAAGGUACAGACCAGUCGUUCUUCAGUCCAGUAAGGUACAGACCGGUAGUUCUGCCGGUAUCAUUUUAUUUCAUCAGUCCAGUAAGGUACAGACCAGUAGUUCUUCAGGUGGAAUAUUUGACAGAGAUGACCACACCUCCCAGAAAGCCUUUGAAUAUGCCAUCAAAAAGCAUAAAAGUCGAUUUAAAGACCCGUUUUUUGAAUUCAAUGUGACUGGUACGAUAGAUAAAAUUAACAUCAACGAUAAUUUCCAACUGGCAUCAGCAAUCAAGGUACAAGUCGAGGUUCGUAAAAUCUUGAUAUUGUGA